GCGAGGUGAGGGAGGAGGGUGCCGCCCAACGUGCAAGCCUCAGCGGUUUUUUGUGUGUGUGUGGUGGUGGUGUUGUUGUUGUUAUCUGCGUUCCAGGGACGCACUUUAAAACCCGGCCGGCUUCGCCAUCGCCAGCAAGGGGUUAGGGCGCGCUCCACGGAAUCGCGAGCGCGGCGGGAACGGGGAUCCUCGCCACCGUUGGGGUCACACGGCGCCGUCAGAUAGCGCUCCCAUUAGCAGCGCUAUCGAUGGGCUGAGUCGACUCCCGGCUGAGAAUUCAACGUAUUUCUUCAGCUCGGAAGCCCCUGCUGUACGACCGACGGAACAUCUUGAGCUGGUGCGGCCCAUUGCCACGAGUCACUUCCCUCGAGGCUCAGCGCCUGACGCGACAGCACACGGAGACUGCAGCACGAGAACAAGUCGUCGGCGACUCCGCUCGCCCGUGCGUCCAUCCCAAGCGGCCUGGCGCCCCACCGCGAGGACCGUGCCUCUCGAGCGGCGGACGAUGGGCGCGAGACGCUUCGAGAACCCCCCGGAUGGCGGCUGGGGCUGGGUGGUGGUGGCCAGCUGCUUCAUAUCCACGUCGCUCACGCACGGCGUGCAGAAGAGCUUCGGCGUCUUCUUCGUCGAGUUCAUCGACUACUUUGAUGAGAGCCGCAGCCGCACGGCCUGGAUCAACUCCAUCAUGUACGGCGUGUCCCUCUUCAUCGGUCCCCUCGCCGUGGCGCUCUCCGCUCGCUUCUCGAGUCGCAGCGUGGUGAUGGUCGGCGGCCUCAUCUGCGGCGUGGGUACCAUGCUGGGCAUGCUGGCGCAGGACAUCACGCAUCUCUACGUCACGGUGGGCUUCGUCACGGGCGUUGGGAGCGGCAUCGCCUACACGCUCACCAACGCCGAGGUGGGGCGCUACUUUGACAAGCGGCGAGCGUUUGCGGCCGGAAUCGGGGUGUGCGGCAGCGGCGCCUCGUUCAUCCUCGCACCGCUCUUCCAGUUCCUCAUCGAGCAGUACGGGUGGCGCGGCUCCCUGCUGCUCAUCGGCGGCGGCAUGCUCAACGUGUGCGCGUGCGGCGCCGUCAUCCGCCCGCUGUACCUCAAGUCCGAGGUGGUCGCCCCGAGCCCCGACGCGCCGCCUCGCCGCCUCGCCAACAUCCGCCUCGCGCUCGCCGAGCAGCGCUCGCGCGGCCGCCGACGGCGCCGGCAAGCCGGCCGACGGCGCCGGCAAGUCGGCCGCCGCCGCCACGCGCAUCGUCCUCCCGCCCGAAGAACCCGACGCCGGCUUGCGGUCCGCGCGGCAGCCGCCGGAGGAGCAUUCCCUGUACGGGCGCCAGCACAGCACGUUCGCUCGCGGCUCCACAAGCUGCUGGACCCGACGCUCUUCCGGAACGAGCAGUUCACGCUCUUCCUGGUCUCCAACACGCUCUUCUCGUUCGGCUACCUCAUCCCGUACGUGCACCUGGCGGCGCGGGCGCGCGAGCUGGGCGUGGGCGAGGCGAGCGGCGCGCUGCUCCUCUCCGUCAUCGGCGGCGUGGAGACGGCGUCGCGCGUCGCCGCCGGCUGGCUCUCCGACUUCAAGCUCGUGAGCCGCUUCGACUUCUACACCAUCUGCGUGGCGCUGUGCGCGCUCACGCUCUUCACGGGCCCGCUGUGCCGCACGCUGCCGACGCUGCUCGUCUACGCCGUGUGCUUCGGCCUCUUCGUCGGCUCGUGCCGCUCCCUCGUCAUGCCCGUGGCGGCCGACUGCGUCGGGGUGGCGCGCAUGCCCAGCGCCUACGGCGUCACCCUCAUGUUCCAGAGCGUCGGCAUCCUGCUGGGACCCCCCGCGGCAGGCUGGCUCCACGACAUCACGGGCAACUACGACAUGUCGUUCUACAUGGCGGGCGCCGGCCUGGCGCUGUGCGUGCUCAUCCUGCUGCUCGACCCCAUCGCGAGGAGGCGGCGCCGGCGCCGCUGGCAGAAGGAGCAGGAGCAGGAGCCAGAGACGAGCAGCGACGCGUUCCUGCCGUGCCCCUCCGCGGACGUGUACUGAGAAGCCGUCGGCUCUGCCUUGACGUCCCCCCCCCCCUUUUCCCCCACCUCCUCUCCCCCCCCCCCCCCUUCCCCGAGGUGACUCAAAGCGACUCGAUGAGCAGCGCUCAUCUCCAUCGGUGGCCCUAAGCCAGUGGUGGGAAAUUCCACAUUCCUAUGGUAGGGCCAGUCUCUCCAUAGGUGAGUUGAUGUCGGCGCAUUAAUGGACGUGUCAGAGGCACCGAGCCAGCACUGCUGAGGGCAUGGGUUUGAAUCCGGGUUUUGGCCAAUGGAUGGUGCCAAAAAAAACCUUUUCGUAAUCAGAUUAAUUCAGUUAAUGCUGCUGCUGAGGGCUCAAGUUAAUGAACACUGUCUAUUAGAUGAGUGGACACGUGGAAAACCACUCCCUAUGUUUGUGAAGUGUGAAGGAGUUGCACGAGUGAUGGGCGACCGAGGAUAAUUGCAGCAACUCCGCAUCUGUCGGAGGUGUCACCUUCCGGGAUCUUUCCCUCCCGCGACCUAUUCCUAUUUCUAAGUUGACUGAGCAAGUUCCAAAGAGGACACUGCUUGACUCUACGCGCACAAAGAUGGAUGUAAAUGGGGAUAAAGCUAAAAGUGCCGAUUAAAACGUAAAUUAUAUCAGUGCUGUGAACCAGUAAGAAGUUAUAACAAUAGGUGUUACCCUUUUUGGCAAUAAAACAGUUGUGUUAAGAUGUUAGAAAGCAAUUUUUGCAUGCUCACCACAAGUACGUGUGGUUAAUGCAGACAGGAUUCCUUGAUAAAAUAAUUAUGUUUGGUGUUUUAACAUGUUAACAUCUGUUUUAUUGCCAAAAAGGAUCAAAUAUAUUGGGUUCUUUUUAUAUAUACUGGCAAGAAAGGUCCCAUACAGUAAAAAGUUAGCUAAAUGAAUUAAUGGAGCAUUGUGCACCCAGAGAGAAAGUGUUCUCUGUUUCUAUGGGCAGAGCACGGUUAUGUUUCUAUACACUACUAAGCAGGGUCAAUCUUUGGGUCACCCUUGUUGGACCCAAAAAAGAAGAUCAAGUGAUGUUUGAAUAUGAUUUGAAUAAGCAGCAACCAUUUAUUUAGUCACAAUCGGCAAUAUGUAUGUAUGAGUGAACGCUGCGUGUGCGUGUAAACACGAAAGAGCAGCGAUGUAAUGACUCGCACAACCUGCUCUGAUUCUGACAAUCCAGGUUCGAUUCCUAAUCGUGAUCUAACCACACCAGUAAUAAUUGGGUAAUUAACCAGUCCGAGGCCUUUUCUAGACCAACGAAGCCUACAAUGAGAUUGGGACAUCACGGUGGCUAGGAGAUGUUAACUCGCUCGCCUGGUAUACAGGAGGUCAUGGGUUCGAUCCCGACCCUGGCCAUGCCUGCAUAGUUAAAGUUUUUCUCCAAAUCCUCCCGUUUUUCCCUCCACAUUUAGAAUCAACGUGCAUUUAGAGUAUUUGGCUGCUAUACAUUUCCACAUGAUAAGCCACAUCGUUGAGUUAUCAUUUGUAGCCAGGUCAUUUCAUAAAAAAAGAGCUAUAUAGCUCAGUGGGCCUUACCUGGUCAAAUAAAAUAAAGUUUAGUUUUCAUUUGUGGCAUGUUGCGAAUGUGAAAAUUGGCACUAUGGGGAAAAUGGUGGCUGCACGUGCGUGCCAUCCUGCCCUUCAUGGGUGCUAACAAACCAGACUUGGCACAACAGUCUGUAAUCAUAUCCAUUGUCUCUUAAAUUCAAGUUGGCAUGUAACGAUAUUUAAUCAAAAUCUAUUCCUGUGCUCGUGAUACAUGCACGGAAUCGUGCCAAUGAAGGAUCCGUUAUUUUACAAUGUGCGCCAAUCGUGCGCUACGAAUACACCGUGGUAACCUGUAGACUGAUGGAAAAAUACCAAGAUAGAAAAAAAAUAUGAGAAACUUGAUCAAGACGAUAAAAUCCCACCACCAAAAAAAA